AUGCCUGCACCCGACGCCACGUUUCGCCAUAUCGACUCAAAACCUGCCCUUGGACAUGUAAACCUAAUGGUUGAUACAUUCAUUGCCAACGCGACUGCUGAUGACCUACGUUCUAUUGUGAGAAACCUGCUUGCAACAGGUCCCCCAGGAAUUACUCCAGCGUUUGCCAAUGCAGCACGCCUCCGUCUACGUCAGACAAGCACGAGACCGCUCCCUGACUCCUAUUCACUUUUCCACGCGGAGACACGAGAUUCACCUGCAUCCCCACUACCUCAUCUUCACGAAGUUUUGACGCGUGCUCGGUCCAUGUACGGUGCUGGACUAGGCUUCUCUAGUCUUGCUAUCCUUGCUUCUAUAGUGCGCGCCACUAUAGGUCUCCGAUGGGAAGACGACGGCGAUAUGGCGGAUAUCCUCGCCGUCAUCGACGCUGACAUUGGUCAAGCCAUACAAAGUUCGAAAGAAGAAAUCCAAGGAAGUCGAGUCUUGGACUUUGCAUCAGCACGUGAAGCGAGGGAAACACUUCGUUGUGCAGUUCGCGACAGUAUGGAUGAUGUGAAAACCUGGGGGGGAGAAUUUCCUUUCGAACGAGCUAGCGCCAGUCUAGAGCAUUGGAAAAUAUGA